UUAUAGACCGGGGUUGGUGAGGUCGGGCCAUGGUGGGGCAGAGGUUGUUAAGAUGGCGUUGUAUAGUUGGGUACAGCGAGGCUGGCGCUGCGGUCAGACGUGGGCGCCUCCCUUGGGUGGCGGCUACCGGGAGCUCUCUGCGACCCAGGCCCGGCAGCUGCUUGGACGCAGGUUUAACCUACUUCUUCAGCAAAAAUGUGGAUUUAGAAAAGCACCGAGGAAGGUGGAGCCUCGAAGGUCAGACACAGGGUCAAGUGGAGAAGCGUACAAGAGAAGUGCCUUGAUCCCACCCCUGGAGGAAACCGUCUUUUACCCUUCCCCCUACCCUAUAAGAACACUCCUGAAGCCCUUCUUCUUCACCGUUGGGUUCACAGGCUGUGCAUUUGGUUCAGCUGCUAUUUGGCAGUAUGAAUCACUCAAGUCCAGGGUUCAGAGUUAUUUUGAUGGCAUAAAAGCUGAUUGGUUGGAUAGCAUACGGCCACAAAAGGAAGGAAACCUCAGAAAGGAGAUUAACAAGUGGUGGAAUAGCCUAAGUGAUGGCCAGCGGACUGUGACAGGUAUCAUAGCUGCGAAUGCCCUCGUAUUCUGCUUAUGGAGAGUGCCGUCCCUGCAUCGAACCAUGAUCAGAUACUUUACAUCCAACCCAGCAUCAAAGGUUCUUUGUUCCCCAAUGCUGCUUUCCACGUUCAGUCAUUUCUCCUUAUUCCACAUGGCAGCUAACAUGUAUGUUUUGUGGAGCUUCUCAACUAGCAUCGUGAACAUUCUGGGUCAGGAGCAGUUUGUGGCCGUGUACCUGUCUGCAGGUGUUAUUUCCAAUUUUGUCAGUUAUGUGUGUAAAGUUGCCACAGGAAGAUACGGACCUUCACUUGGUGCGUCAGGCGCAAUCAUGACUGUGCUUGCAGCCGUCUGUACCAAGAUCCCGGAGGGGAGGCUCGCCAUCAUCUUCCUCCCUGUUUUCACCUUCACUGCAGGCAAUGCCUUAAAAGCCAUCAUUGCCAUGGAUACAGCUGGGAUGAUCCUGGGAUGGAAGUUUUUUGAUCAUGCAGCACAUCUUGGGGGAGCCCUCUUUGGAAUAUGGUAUAUCACGUAUGGACAUGAACUCAUUUGGAAGAACAGGGAGCCUCUAGUGAAAAUCUGGCACGAAAUAAGGACUAAUGGCCCCAAGAAAGGAGGUGGCUCUAAGUGAAGCAAAGCUGGCCUGUCUGGUGGUGCAUCUGAUCCUUGUUGCUCGGAAGUCUCAGCAUUGGUCGCCCCGGUGAUUUAAAUGUCCUCAGUAGUCUCCUUCAAAAAUUAUGGCAGAGUUGUGAAAUAAAUGUUUAUAUCUCUAGUUUGUAAA